AUGAGUUUCUUUUUCUCUGAUUUUCAUGAUAUUUGUGGUAAUGCAAACCAAACUUCAAUUAUAGAUGUACCUGAUUUUGUGAUUCAAAUUGACACCGAUUUUACUUAUGGAACACCGAUUUUACUUAUGGAUUUGGUGAUAGUGGACCUAAAUUAUACUAUGAUUAUUGAUGCUGUGUAA